AGAAAAAAAAUCAUCCAAGACGAAGAAUUAAGCCUGAAAAUCUCUCUCUCUCUCUCUAUAUAUAUACAUAUACACAUAUAUACAUAUAUCUAAAUAUUAUACCGAAAUUGAAAGCGUGUUUGACUCUUUCUUCGAAAAAUUAGAAUUAAAUUUGUAAAUUUUCUUCAAAAGUAUACAUUUCUAUUUUCCAGAACUUAAACCCCUUUCUCUUCUUUUUAUUAUUUUGGUUGGCACCUUUCUCUACUUUUUAUGAAGAUCAAAGUUUUAAUCAGAUCUCUAUAAAUUUGUUCAUACUGAAAUUGAUUUCAAUUUCUCACACAUCUUAUCUGCUUUAUUUCCUUCACAUUCCUUUCUUUUAGGUUUUCUUCCCAACUAAUGAUUCAUUGUGUAUAUAUGAAUCACAAUCUAGGGUUUUAGACAAAAAUUUAUACAAUCAGUGUAUUUUAGGUAGCUUUGUUCUUAGGUUUUUUUGAUUUUUUUUUGGAUAAUUCAGAUCUGAAAAUUUCAAACUUCAGAGGUCUGUUUUCUAGAAAUCAUGGCGGUUCCGUCAAUAGCUUUAUAUGCGAGCCCGUCGGGUAGCAUGUGUGCCGCACAAAACUCUUGCCAGAUCAAUUCACAUGCGUCCUGCGAUUUCGAUUUGAACGGACGACCUUCGUUCUCGUCGCCGUCCACUGCUUCGCCGUCCCAAAAGCCGAUCGUUGGCGGGCUUUCUUGCCUGUUUUCGUCGCCAUUGGUAAAACACGCAUCGUCGUCAAGCUAUUCCGGUAGCGGCGAGGAAUUGGGGUCGUUGUGGCACGAUAGAGGUGAAGAAUUGGGUAGUUCUGUUUGUUACUCAAAGUACCCUUCGUUGGGUUCGUCUCUGAAAAGAGAUCAGAGUCCGGUAUCGGUGUUCCAAGGACCAGUUUCGUGUAGUAGUAGUGGGGUGGGUUCGUCGAUAAGUUCACCGAUGAGAAUUGGGCGCGAGAGGAACGGCGGGGAUGUGAAUUUUAAUUGUUCAAUACGGGCAGGGGCUAGUGGAUUGUUUAAUGGGUUUUUGCGACAGGCACUGGGUUCUUGUAUUGAUUAUGAUCCCCCAAGUUUGCAAGUACAGGGUGGUUCCAUCGAUGUAGAUUCAUCAUCUAUUAUAAUGGAUGAACUUACAUUUAAUAUGGAGGAUAAUUUUAGGGAUUCCCGUUCAGAAACAUAUGCUAAAGAUUUGCUUUUGGGUGCACAAUUGAGACACAAGAUAUUCUGUGAAGAUUUUGUUGUUAAUGCUUUUUAUGAAGCUGAGAAAGCUCACAGAGGGCAGAUGCGGGCAAGCGGGGAUCCUUAUUUACAGCAUUGUGUAGAGACGGCGGUUUUGCUUGCAAUGAUUGGUGCUAACUCCACAGUAGUUGCUGCAGGGCUUCUACAUGACACACUUGAUGAUUCUUUUAUUGCUUAUGAUUAUAUUUUUGGAACAUUUGGAGCUGGGGUUGCUGAUUUGGUUGAAGGGGUGUCUAAGCUAAGUCGACUGAGCAAGCUUGCACGUGAAAACAAUACAGCAAGUAAAACUCUUGAGGCAGAUCGCCUCCACACCAUGUUCCUUGCGAUGGCAGAUCCCAGGGCUGUCCUCAUAAAACUGGCUGAUCGAUUACAUAAUAUGAUGACACUAGAAGCAUUAUCGGUGGCCAAGCAACAGAGGUUUGCUAAAGAAACUUUGGAGAUAUUUGCUCCUUUGGCCAACCGAUUAGGGAUUUCUAGUUGGAAGGACCAGCUAGAAAACAUCUGCUUUAAAUAUCUCAAUGCAGAUCUGCACAGAGAACUCUUUGAACUUGCAAAGUCUUUUGAUGAGGCAGUGAUUACUUCUGCUGUAGAGAAGUUAGAGCAAGCACUUAAAGAUGGAGCCAUUUCUUACCAUGUCCUGUCAGGGAGGCACAAAAGCUUGUAUAGCAUCUACCGCAAAAUGUUGAAAAAAGGGCUGCCCAUAGAUAAAAUCCAUGACAUUCAUGGGCUACGAUUGAUCGUUGAAAAUGAGGAAGACUGUUAUAAAGCGUUGAGAGUUGUUCAUGAAUUAUGGUCUGAAGUACCUGGAAAGUUCAAGGACUACAUAAAUCAUCCCAAGUUUAAUGGGUACCAAUCUCUACACACAGUAGUUAUGGGAGAGGGCAUGGUUCCACUAGAAGUUCAGAUUCGGACAAAGGAGAUGCAUUUACAGGCUGAGUUUGGAUUUGCAGCUCACUGGAGAUACAAGGAAGGUGGUUGUAAAUAUUCUUCUUUUGUGCUUCAGAUGGUGGAGUGGGCUCAGUGGGUUGUUACCUGGCACUGUGAGACAAUGAGUAAAGAUCGACUGUCCACUGGCUACAAAAAUUCUGUUAAGUCUCACUGCGUGUUCCCUUCUCAUUCUGAAGAUUGCCCAUAUUCUUAUAGACCUCACUCUGGCACUGAAGGACCUGUCUUUGUCAUCAUGCUUGAAAAUGAUAAGAUGUCAGUGGAGGAGUUCCCAGCAAAUGCAACAAUGCUGGACCUAUUGGAAAGAGUUGGUCAUGGAAGCUCUAGAUGGACACCUUCUGGAUUUUCUUUGAAGGACGAAUUGAGACCAAUGCUGAAUCAUGAACCUGUGAGUGAUCCCACCUGCAAGCUGAAAAAUGGGGAUGUGGUGGAGGUAACUCCAUCCAUACUUGACAAGUCAUUGACGGAAUACAGGGAGGAGAUCCAGCGUAUGUAUGAUCGAGGCCUCCCUGCAUCAAGCACUGAGCCUGCCGCUAGUGGUUUGGUUGGCUGGAGGUGACCCUUCCAUGGUUUUCUCUUUUUUAUAAUAAUACAACACGAAAUGAAAUCUGAUAUUCUUGUAAAUACGUGACAAAUAUUUGUAUAGAACAGCUUUAUGGCUCUGGUGCGAAUAACUGAGAAAAAUUGGAUUCAACAAAGAGCAAAAAGUUUGAUUAUACUGCUAAUAUUGUUUAUGCA